AUGUUGGCAUUUUAAUCAUGUAAUCCUUCACCCAAUUAGUAAUCUGAUCUCUAACUUAUAAAUUCUCAAUCAUCAUCAUAUUUGCUUUAAGCAUUAAAUCAAAUCCCAUAACAACUUUAACAGAAAGCCUAGGCAAUACAAUAAGAGAACUAGAAAUUGAGAAAUGAGAAUCAAGUUCUGUAAUCGUAAGUAAAUCAUUUAGAAAAUAAGCAAUAAGAGUUGAUUAAUGAAAUCCACGAUUUACGAUAGCUAAUAAAGAGAGUCUAUAAAGAAGGGGAAAUGUCUGUUCAAUUCUUAAAAAAUAAAAAUACCAUACUAGAAAACAAUAAUGACAGUUUAGAAAAAGCCCUCAAAAAUUUAUAAGCCAAUGUUCAGAUGUUUGGACAACUAAAAGAACUUUCAGAGCUUAUGAAACAAGGAAAUGAUUUUUGAUCACCUUAUGAAUUUUAACUAACUACUAUUUAUAACAAUUAAGA